AUGUCUAUAUUUAAAAGGUUUGGUUUGGGGGAAGCUAGACCCACUAUUGUUACUCUCCAACUGGCUGACCGUUCAUUAACACACCCUAGAGGUAUUAUAGAGGAUGUUCUAGUAAAGGUAGAUAAGCUCAUUUCCUUAGCAGAUUUCAUUGUAUUAGAUAUGGAGGAAGAUGAGGGCGUGCCUAUUAUAUUGGGACGACCAUUUUUAGCCAUGGGGGAAGCAUUGAUAGACGUCCAGAAGGGUGAGUUAAGGCUCAGAGUACAAGGUGAUGAGGUUGUUUUUAAUGUUUUUAAAGCCUUGAAAUAUCCUUCAGCUAGUGACAGUUGUUCUAGUGUUAGUGUAUUGGAGGAACAAGACAAAAGCGUCCAGUCUAUUGAGGAUCCAUUUGAGUUUAGUUUGAUUGCAAGUUCUGAAGAGUGUUGGCACUGA